CCUCUCCUCACCCACUCUCAUCAACCGAAAACUUUCAAUUCAAUCUCCAAUUUGGCAAUUUUCUCUGGGGUUUCUUGAAUCUUCUUCGCCAUGGAUCUCCUCCUCUUGGAGCCGGAAUCAUCUUGGCGCUGCCGAUCCUCGCCAUUACGAUCGGGCGAUUGGUUCAGAAUUUUGAGCUGCUGCCUCCUCCUGGGCAGGCGAAGCUGGACACCUCGGAGAAAGGCGGGCAAUUUAGCUUGCACAUUUUGAAGCACUCCACCAUUGUUGCCAAGCCGAGGGCAUUCUAGAACUCCAUCUGAAAUGCUCUGCUUUCUUGGUUGUCAUAUAGAGUGAGAGUGAGUACACGAUUGUGGAAGAAAGAUUUUGAAUGUUUGGCUGAAAAUGGUGAUGAUAAUGUGAUUGCGGUCGUCAAGUGAUAUAUGUAAAACUUUUAAAUGCUUAAUUUUUACUUCUCUGUCAAAUAAACUUACAUUGCUUAUAAUCUUCUACA